AUGGAACAUACAACAACAUCAACCAACAUCAAUAAUCAAUCAAUAAUGAAAUUAGGAUAUAAUGAAAUAAUGAUAGUAUCAAAAUAUUUUAAUGAUAUUAAAGAUUUUAUUAAUUUAGAAUUAGGUGUUAAAAGAUUUCAAGGAAAUACUGAACGAUUUCAUUUUAAUCCAAUUCCAUUAAAUGAUUAUUCAAGAAGAUUAUUUCCUAAUAUUGAAACAUUUCAUAUUUAUAAUGAAGAAGAUGAAGAAUUUGAUGAUAGAAGAAUAUUUAAACAAGUAAUAUGGUAUGAUAUUAGUUAUUCACAGUACUUAAAAGAGAAAGAAGAAGGAAAUAUAUGUAAACAUAUAAAAUACACAGAAAGUGAUAGAGAAAAAUAUGGAUGUCUAAUACCAAAGAAUGUAAGUAUUAUUGGAGAGAAUUGUUUUAAAGAUUGUUAUGAUUUGACAACACUUAAUAUCCCAACAACAAUCACCAAAUUAGGAAACAAUUGUUUUGACCAAUUUUGGUCACUUGCAUCAAUUACUAUAGCAACAACAAUAAAAGAAUUAUGGGAGAGUUGUUUUGAUGAUUGUUAUUCAUUAACAAAUAUUUUCUAA